GAACGCAUUUCAGCAAUGGCAAGAACCAAGCAGACGGCUCGUAAAUCCACCGGCGGUAAAGCCCCAAGGAAGCAGCUCGCUACUAAAGCCGCCCGAAAGAGCGCCCCAGCCACUGGCGGCGUCAAGAAGCCCCCUCGUUACAGGCCCGGGACCGUGGCUCUCCGAGAGAUCCGCCGCUAUCAGAAGUCCACCGAGCUGCUGAUCCGCAAACUGCCUUUCCAGCGUCUGGUGCGAGAGAUCGCUCAGGAUUUCAAGACGGACCUGCGCUUCCAGAGCUCCGCCGUCAUGGCCCUGCAGGAGUCCAGCGAGGCUUAUCUGGUCGGUCUGUUCGAGGACACCAACCUGUGCGCCAUCCACGCCAAGAGAGUCACCAUCAUGCCCAAAGACAUCCAGCUGGCGCGCCGCAUCCGCGGAGAGCGCGCUUAAUCCCGCCGCUGCAUCAGCGCAUUAAACCCCAAAGGCUCUUUUAAGAGCCACUACACCACACUGAAUGAGACCGUUUCCACUGUAGGUGUAUUAGUCAAUGUAACACUGCACUCAAAUGUUUAAUCAGUUGAACUUUUCUAUUUGCGUUAUUAUGAAUCCCAAAUUGAAAGUGCUGCAAGUAAUAAUACACACAUGUAAAAAUAUAACAUAUAAGCUGCAUGUGCAGUGACACACUGCUGUAGGUAAAUACUUAAACUAAAAAUACCAUACAUCUAAUAUAUGUGUAUAUAAUACAGCCAAGUGGAAUUAUGAUGUUGAUAUUAAAGUAUUAUAAAUUGUCAAGUUGAAA